ACGUCCAGCUGUCACGCGUCAGCUGUGAGAGAGUGUCAAUGCGGGGAAGCCGCUGGAAUCGAUACAAAAAUGUCAAAAUUUAAUUCUCGCAUAAAACGACAUGUGGCGGCUGUUUCUUGCCCCAUGAUGAUACUAAUUGUUCCACAUAAAAAAUGUUCACAUUAUUGAACUUAGUAGACAUUAUAUGUAGUUGAAUUAGAAACGUGUGACUCGGAGUGAAAGUCUGACACUAUUUAUUAGCUUUACACCAUCACACGCUAGUAGUUGAAGUAAUGAAAUAUUAAUUAUGAAUCACCUUGGGGUAUAUCAAUUAUUACGUUUGUUCCAUCUGCUCCUACCAGCCAAAUGAAAGAAUAUUUAUUGAAUAAAGGUGAAAGUAGACUAAAGUACGAUCGCAUCACGAUAAAUAUCGGGUAUCUACGCAUCCCCGCUUAGAAAAACAAGUAAUUACUUGUCUCCCUUCGACGAUUAUGUUUGAUAAAUCAGAUUCAAUAAAUUCAUUAUAAAACAAUGGACUUCUUGAGCGCUGUGACAAUUGUGAUAUUGUCGUUUAUAUGCGGCGUCAUAUCGAUGUUGGCUCUGCAAUGGUACAUAUUCGUUAAAUACUUGGAAUCGGCGCCACUUGCCGAUCCUCCAGAAAAACCGACGCCUCAUGGACGUGCAGUUUUGCCUGAUGAACUUUUGGGUGAGGUUGAAAAUGAGAAAUCAAACUUUCACAACAGCAGCUUCACCCCCAGGCAGAGUCUUUCCCAAGGCAACGAGAACUUGGCUAUCAAUUUGACACUGCAAUUUCUAUUCAACGAGCUCAGAAGCGCAGAAAGAGUUCGCUCUUGGCUCUACAGGAAGCUUAACAACGAGUUCAAAGUACUGCUUACCAGGUCGACUACUGGCAAAUUUUUCGACAGCGUCCAAUUGCGAGAUCUUCACCUCGGCAAUCAAUUCCCGACAAUAAAAGGGUUGGAGGUGGCAGACGCAAAAAUUGACGCAGAUACAGGAUUAUUGGAGACCCUGGACUUGGGUUUGGAUCUUCAUUAUUGUGGGAAUUUCCAAUUGUCGAUCGAUGCUAAAAUGGUGCUGGGAAAGACGGCUUAUUUGUCAGUGCAAGUGAAACGAGUAACGGGAAGAGCUCGACUACAGUUUACGCGUGUCCCCUACACCCAUUGGUCUCUCAGCUUCUACUCUGAACCAAUUCUGGAAUUUGACGUACAGUCGCAGUUUCAGGGACGCCAGUUACAACCGCAAAUUAUAUCGCUGAUCACCGGCCAGAUACGGAGAGCAAUUCGUAAAAAACACACCCUUCCCAGAUACAAGAUGCGAUACAAGCCUUUCUUUCGCAGGCUCAAUGACGAGGAUGUUGAUUUGAUCGAAGAUUCAAACCGAAAGCUGAGUCCGGGAAACCUGGAAGUGACGCUUCUAGAAGUGAGUCGAUUAAACAUGAGCCCCAAUUCAUUUAAUACAGAUGAAAUGGAUCAAAUUGAAAUUUACUGCACAAUGAGCGUUGACGCGACGCCCUGGGUUUGCUUGACACAGUACAGCGGAGUAGCGUACAUGAUCUUAGAUUUGAUAAUCAGUAAGACUCCGCAUCAGCAACUCGGCGUCGUAUUCAGGCAGGACGUCAUACCUGAAAUUGGAAUCAACUGCGUUAUAGUAGAAACUAUCGUGGCGGGCAGUCCAGCAGCAAUUGGUGAAAUGCGGCGAGGCGACAUAUUGAUCGCUGUGGAUGGAAAGAAAGUGUUGAAUAUGAACCAGGUUGCGAAACUCGUCAAAGGCGCUGCGCAACGAAGGUUCAUUAUCAGGGUGGAGAGAAAAUAUGCUAAAGCAGAGAUGGAAAGACAAGGUUCCGUGAAAUCAGAACCCGAUAAAACAACGUUCGAUAAGGUUGGCAUUGAGAAGAAGGUCAGCAAGAAUGAUGUAUCGAAAACCGAAUUAACAGCUAGCGAGAAAAGCACCUCGGAUUCGAAAAACACGAAAUUUGAUACCCCGAUCAAAUUCUCUGAAUUAAAAGAAACUGACUUUGAGAUGUUGGACUUGGGCGAUGCCAGCAAACUAUCUACAAGGAAAGAAAGCACGACGCACAGCAGCGAGGAUACACCACAGACCCCCUCGUGUCCCGAAUCACCAUCUCGCAGAAUUUCUACGAUUUCCACCAUUUCCAAUCAAUCUUUGAUCACAAACAUCAGCCAAAUUUACUCGACUGACGAUGGCAGCGUUCAAAGCAUGACUGAUUUGUAUUACACGACAAAGGAGAAAAGCGUUGCGUCGCUAAUAUCUUUUGAGGAAACGCAUAACUUUCAAAUUGAUUCUGACCUUCAGUAUUUGAACCUGGGAGUUUGGGCUAGAGUAAAAGGCGGAGAUAAUCCUCCACUUCUCUUGGGGUACAUCAAUGCUCCCGUUAAACUGAUACUGGCGCAGUGCUCUAUGUCUACGAUCGGUCACUAUCUCAAAUGUUAUGCUCUACUUCCACCGGAUACUGGUUCUACAAUGACGUCGAACCUGAAAUUGCAAGGUUAUUCUGGAUUUGAUCCGACGCUCUGCUACGGAGAUGUAUUACUGUCUUUUACAUGGAACGUCACCCAAGGUCAGAAUCAAUUGAACGGCAGCGAGGCAGGCAGAAAGGAAAAUCCUGAGACAGCAAGAACCCCUCAAAUGAUAAACGUCGAAAGCGGGGACAAAAAAUUGCACGAUUUCAUAAGAACACAUUUCCACAGAGCGACACACUGCGACUUUUGUUCUAAAAAGAUCUGGCUUAAAGACGCUGUUCAGUGUCGGGAUUGUGGAUUGGUUUGUCACAAGAAAUGUGAAACAAGGUGCCAGACUUCUGGAGUUUGCGGUGCUGAUAGUCUCACAACUUUGGCUUUCGAGGCGGAUGAAAACGAGUCUAAUAUCGCUGCGGGAGACGGCGGACCCGAGAUAUCAUUCACCACGUGUGAGGACCAAGUUCAGGGCGCGGGGAUGAUGGGCGUGAAGGCCAGUAUAGCGAAUACGCUGUUUGGUCUGAAGAGAGCUGGAAGUGCGACUUGCCUGGCACCGCCGAUUUCUGGCAGCGGACUUGCCUCCAGAAGCCUCCCACCCAGCCCAUGCUCGUCUCGCAAGAGUUCUGUUGUUGGUGGACUGGGAAUAAGCACCAAUUUAUUGGAAGGAGCGGACCCGUCGAUAGUAGGGCCACUUUUGAGCGGAGACCUGGAUGACGGCUUGAUGUCCCGAGCGAAAGAUACGGGGAAAUGUCUCUAUGCAUAUCUGGAGCCUGAAGAACGAGUUGACAAAAUCAAUUCCAUGAUGAGCAAGUUGAAGACAGCACUCGAUGUCGAAACUACCUCUAGGCUGAAAUUAUCUCAUAGCGGAGAAGCGGGCAGUGCCAAAUUGAUCGCCCAAAGCGAUUCGAGAGUCCAAGCGCUGAGUGUUUUACUCCUACAUUAUUGCGCAGGUCUGCAACAUGCUCAGGAAGCUAUGGAUCGGCCAGAAGUUGAGAAGGAUCUUUAGUUUAAUUGAUCCUCGGUUUAGCCCAAUUAUAUAUUUAUUUAUAGAUAAGGAUUAUGAUAUUAAUAAUAAUGAAAAACACGAAGUCAAUAUAGAGCAAUUGCGAAUCAAUUGUUUUCGUCUAAAAAUAUUAAAGGUGUUAUUGAUCAGAAUUUCAAAGCAGAAUGUACUGAAACUUUGUAUGCAAAUAUUUAAAAAUUUCGUCGGUGACAGUCAGUGGAAUUCUUUAUUUCAUUCGACGUUUCAGUCGGGCCUGGCCGCCCAUCUUUAAUCUACAGAAAAUGUUACGAAAUGAAUAUAAAUUUCUAAACAAUAAUCACGGUGCGCAAGGCGUGGGCCAAUUGUUAGGUCAGAUCCACUUUUACAA